ACGGAAGCAUCACUCCGGACCCUAAAUCUUCAGUGGGGCUGCCUCCCUCCCAGGGCCUGAGGCCUAGCCAGCAUCCAAUGGAGGACAAGAAGAAGAAAAGGAGUCCCAAGCCCUGUCUGACCCAGCCAGCCCAGCCCCCAGGCACACUACGCAGGGUCCCAGUGCCCACAAGCCACAGUGGCUCCUUGGCCCUGGGACUCCCUCACCUGCCAUCCCCCAAACAGCGGACCAAGUUCAAGAGGGUAGGCAAGGAGAAAUGCCGCCCAGUGCUGGCAGGAGGUGCAGGCGGCUCUGCAGGCACGCCCCUGCAGCACUCUUUCCUGACCGAGGUGACCGACGUCUAUGAAAUGGAAGGGGGGCUGCUGAACCUGCUCAACGACUUCCACUCAGGCCGGCUGCAGGCCUUCGGGAAGGAAUGCUCCUUCGAGCAGUUGGAGCACGUGCGGGAGAUGCAGGAGAAGCUGGCCCGGCUGCACUUCAGCCUAGAUGUGUGUGGAGAGGAGGAAGAGGAGGAGGAAGAGGAGGACGGGGUGAUGGACGGGCUGCCUGAGGAGCAGAAGAAGACAAUGGCUGACCGCAACCUGGACCAGCUGCUUAGCAAUCUGGAAGAUCUUAGUAAUUCUAUACAGAAGCUGCACCUGGCUGAGAACGCCGAGCCCGAGGAGCCGUCAGCUGUGUAGGUGUUAAGACCCAGGCCUUGACUGUCCAUUCUCAUUUCCUUCAAACUGUGACUUUUUUACGGACUCGAGUGGGUGUUUCGCGGCCCCCCCAGGUGCUAUGGGAGAGGGGGGCACUGAAUGGAA